AUGGAGUCCGGGCUCAAACUAGCCAAAUCUGAGAAGGAGAGAUCUAUCGACGCAACAAGCUACAGACGCAAUGUGGGAUGUCUCCGCUACCUAUUACAUACACGACCCGACUUGUCUUACUGCGUUGGAGUCUUGAGCAAGUACAUGCAGGACCCGAAGGAAUCACAUGGCAUAGCAAUGAAACAGUGCUUACGGUAUCUAAAAGGGACGAUAGCCUGUGGUAUGAUGUUCAAGCACUCGUUGACCAAACCUUCUAGACUUGUCGGAUACAGUGACAGCAGCCACAACAUUGACCCCGAUGACGGCAGAAGCACAACUGGGCACAUUUUCUACCUCGGUGAGAGCCCAAUCGCUUGGUGCUCACAGAAGCAAGAGACCGUGGCUCUGUCGUCAUGUGAGGCAGAGUUUAUGGCGGGUACAGAAGCAGCACGACAGGCUAUAUGGCUCACCGAAUUACUUGUAGAGAUCAAAGGGUCAGCGAGAGAAAAGGUGGUUAUACGCAUUGAUAGUCAGUCGGCCAUUGCUCUUACAAGGAACCCGGUGUUUCACGGACGCAGUAAGCACAUACACACUAGAUACCAUUUCAUUAGAGAGUGUGUUGAGAAUGGAGUGAUAGAAGUUGAGCAUGUUCCCGGAAGUCAACCGAAGGCGGACAUAUUAACUAAAGCUCUAGGAAGAAUCAAGUUCAAGGAGAUGAGAGAUCUCAUUGGAGUUAAAGAUUUGAGUGAUGAGGAGUUCAAGCUUAAGGGGGGAGAUUGUUGGAUUAAGCUUGAAGAAUAA